CUCUCUUUCCACGCAAAGUCCCACUCGCAGGUCGCAGCUAGGGUUUUUCGCUUGCGCCGCCACGCACGAUCCAGAUCCCUACCUCACAGCCACCCCCCAAACCCUACUCCCCCAGUUUGCGGCGGCGCCCAGCGGCGGAGAGAAGCAGCCGGCGGCGAGAUGAGGCCGAUCCUGAUGAAAGGGCACGAGCGCCCGCUCACGUUCCUCAAGUACAACCGUGACGGCGACCUGCUCUUCUCCUGCGCCAAGGACCACGCCCCCAACGUCUGGUACGCCGACAACGGCGAGCGCCUCGGCACCUACAAGGGCCACAACGGCGCCGUCUGGUCCUGCGACGUCUCGCGCCACUCCACACGCCUCCUCACGGGGAGCGCCGACCAGACUGCCAAGCUCUGGGACGUCAAGACAGGGAAGGAGCUAUUCACCUUCCGGUUCGACGCACCCGCCCGCUCCGUCGACUUCGCCAUCGGCGACCGCCUCGCCGUCAUCACCACCGACAGCUUCAUGGGCAACCAACCCACCGCCCAGGUCAAGCGCAUCGCCGAGGACAUCGAAGACCAGACGGAGGACUCGGCUCUCGUGAUCUCCGGCAUCACGGGGAGGAUCAACAGGGCCGUUUGGGGGCCGGGCAACCGGACCAUCAUCACCGCUGGGGAGGAUGCCACCAUCCGCAUCUGGGACUCUGAGACUGGAAAACUGCUGAAUGAGUCAGACAAGGAAGUUGGACAUCAGAAGGCAAUUAGUUCACUGUCAAAAUCUUUAGAUUGGUCUCAUUUCCUUACAGGUUCCUUGGAUAAGUCUGCUAAGCUAUGGGAUGCAAGAACUCUGACCCUGAUCAAGACAUAUGUCACAGAGCGACCUGUUAAUGCUGUUGACAUAUCUCCUACUCUUGAUCAUGUGGUUAUUGGAGGUGGACAAGAUGCUAUGAACGUGACUAUGACAGACCGCCGUGCCGGUAAAUUUGAAGCUAAAUUUUUCCACAAGAUCUUACAAGAGGAAAUUGGUGGUGUGAAAGGACAUUUUGGACCAAUCAAUGCAUUGGCAUUUAAUCCUGAUGGUCGGAGCUUUUCAAGUGGAGGUGAGGAUGGAUAUGUAAGGCUACACCAUUUUGAUCCUGACUACUUCAACAUCAAGAUGUAAGCCUGUGAAUUUCUCAGAGUCUGCAGUUGAGAGAGACCUUCUCCCCCUUCACCUGGAGAGAAGAACAUAGUUUUUUUUGUAUUGUUUUUGUCUCAGUUUAUGUAAGAACUUAACUUAGCUGUAUGGUCUACAAUGUAAUUGCGCCUUUUUUACAAUUGGCAAUGAAGAUCCCCUACUGCUUAAAUUCUCUUG